AUGGCUCCUCCUUCACGGCGGAACUUGCACCAUUCUAAUCUUCGCUCGAUCAAGCUCCGGAAACCUGUGGCUAUGGCAGCUUCAGGUACGCCCGUCAAGCGUUCCACAUCCGUCGAUCAGCACAAUAUCAAGCGACUAAAGCAGUAUCACCACCAUCACCGUCUGCAUGAGCCUGUCACCCUCCCGUCCUCCGAGCCAGCUGUGCAAGAUGAGGCUCACGUCGACCAAUUGAUGAACCGUGCCAUUGGAAUAACCCUGAAAGAUGCCGGAUACGAUCUAGCUGAGCCAAUUGCUCUGUCGAGCUUCCGCAGCGCGACGGAAGAGUACAUGUUACGACUUUCUACAUUUGCCCGGCAAUCUAUGCUAUCAUCCCGACGAACGCAGCCUAUUCCACAAGACUUUGAACACGCCCUCACCCGUUUCCGCCUUACACCCGAUGACCUUCUCCCUACCCUCAAAUCGUCUCGAUCUUCUAUACCCGCACCGCCAUUAUUGUCCUCUCCGGAGACAGAGGACGUGCUUCCACCAAGUCUGCCUUUUCUUACAGCGCUCAGCAGCGAGGAUGAUCGCGCAAACCGCUCUUACAUCCCGAAACAUUUCCCCAGCUUCCCCAGCAAGCACACCUACUCUGCCACAGCGGUAUUCGUUGAACGAGAUGGCGACCAACGCAAGAUUCGAGAACGCGCCGCAGAAGAUGGACGACAUGGAGAGGAGGCACUGCGCAAAUUGGCGAGCGCCGCAUUCCGCGACAACCAGACAGGCUCUACGGGCCAUCACAAGAAACUCUGGGGUCGCAGAACGGAUAGCAUGGAAACUAUGUUUGAGAAGACCGCCAAGGCUCUCACUAAGAAGCUCAACAAGGAUCCUCAUACUACGUCUGCGGCAGCAGCUUUGAUCGACUCGGCCAUGGAAAUCGACUCUGGAAACCCGGACGCCGACAAAGCCCGGGCCAAGCUGUUAUGGAACAUGGAGAUGGGACCGAUUGUCAACUGCGAACGGGACCUCUGGCGUCGGACCGCGUCGAAUACGCGCCGGGGGGAGGAAAAUGACCAAAAGCCUUCCGCGAGUGCAGAACCACCCGAGGUCAUGACUGGCGUGUAA